ACAGUAUUAUGCAUGAAAACGCCAGAUGUCAAUAUGCGCAUUAGAGAUUGAUCUUUGGAAUAUCAAAAUAACAAGGCGGAUUCACAUUUACGAAGUAUUAAGGCGGCUGCGCAAUGGCUAUAUAUUUUUCUAUAGAUGGCUCUUGCGUAUUCGUUUAUUCUCUUCUAUCUCGUUCAUAAUAGAUCUAUGAUCGAGCCAGCCAAUCUGAUGACGAGAAGUUUAAAUUCAAAUGAAAGCUGUUCAGUGAUAUUAGUCAAGUUAAAUGUGGUUGUCUGCUACGAUCGUUGACAUUUACCAAGAAGAACAAGGAGCUGAAGGACACAAGGAGAGCAAGUUCGAUCACGAGUGCAUGUACAAGGAGAAGAUAGCUACUCUCGUGGAGAGGAACAAGUGUUUAUAGGCGGAGUACGACGAACUCUCUACCGACUUGAUGGAUAAGAUCGAAGAGAUCGACGAAGUGAAGGAGAAGCAUGAGAUACUGAAGAUAAAGAUGGAGCAAUCCUUGGAGACGAUCAAAAGUCCCUCCGGAGAUACUACGAACGAUCUUCAAUUGGAAAACAAUCUGCUGAAAGCGGAAAUCAUAAAACUAAAGACAAAGGUGACGACAUUGUGUGAAGAGAAUACGAAACUCUCGAAGACUAUCCAAGAUCUCGACAGUUCUCGUAAUGAGAAACUACUCGACGAUAGCGCGGGGAGCAUCUGUAAGGAGCUCCUUCAGGGAGAUGAUCAUGAGGCUCUGACACUUGCCGAUAAGGUUGCAACUAUGGAGGAAAAGAUCAAUAGACUGACCCGACUGAACAAAAACCUAAGCAACUUGAAGUUAACAUCUUGCAAUCAAUGCACUCAUCUGAAGAACCUGAACAAGAGUCGAAGUGCUCUGAAAUUGGAGGCCAAGACACUGAACCAGAAGAUCGAUGAUCACCAGAGGAAGUUUGACCGAAAGUACGAGGACGCUGAGAUCCUAAAGAACAAGAUCAACCAAGAACUGAACACAAGCAGCCAUGAACUGUUUCAAAAGGCUAGUUUCGUCGACAAUAUGGAUGUUAGCUUUGUCGAGGAGAGGGUCCGGACCUUGAACAAUGAUCUGCAGAUGCUAACUACCCUGUAUGAGGAUAAGUUCAACGAGCUCGAACAGCUACACAAUGAACUGGCUAUCGACGAAGAAUCGACAUUUACUCCAAAAAAACAUAUCGAAAAGAACAGUUGCAGAUUGGACCAGAUUCAGAGCCAUAUGAUCAAACUGAAGGUUGACAUAAAUGAGUUGAGGAAGAACAAUACAAACGUUACGGUUAUGCUGAAUCAGUUUACAGGCGAAAAGGCGAGCUUGUUGAAGGAGAACAAUGGCUUGAGAACCAACAACGAGGAACUGAAACAGAAGCUGUAUAUGAAAGAGAACAUCGCGACGAAGAAGAUACAGGUUCUCAAGAGCGAUCUGGCCAACAUGAGCGAGGAACUCGAGCAGUUCUCUGCUCGAGCGAAGAUGCUUGAAAGUCAGAGAUUGACUUUAGAGCUGGAAUUGGAAGAAUUGAAGGUUGAAUGGGACAAUAAGACCACGUUGAUUGAGUCCUUGAAAAAUGACUUGCCGAUUACAAACACUAUGGACAACAAGUACAUGGAAGAGUUGGAGUUAUUGAGCAAGCAACGUGAAGAGUCAGACCAGCAGGCUCUGUCGAAAAUAGCUGUCGAAAAUAGCUGCGAAGAGUUUCAAGAGAAUGGCGUUCAUGCGGAACAGCUCUAUCAUCGGAGUAAGCAAGAGAAGCACUUAGAAGCGAGGUACAAGAGCGAAUUUGACUCAAUGUCCAUGCAGUAUCAGCAUCACGGCGAAGAAUCCACGAACAAUCUUCGAAUGUUGAACGACACAUUAAACAGGUACGUUGACGAGAAUCUGAAGUUGAAACAGGAACUGAACGAACUGAAGAGUAUCGAGGAGAAGCUGAAUGAGGAGCUAAGCGACAUCAGGCUAUGCAUGAUGAAUGAGUUGAGAUCUCUCAAGUGCAGCAUCAACUCCGUGGAAAUCUCUAAACAAUCUGUGAACGAGAUCUUUCUAAUUCUACUGCAGACUCUGGUCUCAAAAGAACAGGAAAUGAUCAAAUCUAUGCGAGAAACAUAUGAAGGGGAGAAACGGAUAUUAGAGGACGAGAUACAGCAAAGUGCAGAUACGGAAAAACGUGCAACAACCUGGGCGAGGGAACUGGAGAGCGAGAUCGAGAAGUUGCAGACAGAACUGACGGAACGGGAGCACAGCCAAAAGAAAUAUGAGAACAAGAUCUCUCAGCUGGACUGUCUUCUUAGGGAGUGCUCCCGUGAGAAUGAGGUACUCAGAGAAAACACAAAAACACUCGAGAUAGAUUUGCACAACUUGCAGGCAGAGUACGAGAAGACUGACAGCAAGCAGGAGGAUGCGAUCAUUGUGGCUCAGAAGAGGGAAAAAGAAUUGCAAGAAAUAUUUAAGAAGAACGAGCUGGAGUUUCAAUCGAAGCUCAAGGCAGAAAGCGAGAUAUACGAGAAGAAAAUCAACGAGCUCACUCGUGCCCUGGACUGUUACAAGACGAAGAACCUGGAGAUGAACAGUGUCGUGGAGGGGCUCGAGGUCAACGAGAAGCAGCUGAAGAACAUCAUUGAAGCGAACACGGCCCAGAUCAAGAAGAGCAAUCAGAACGUGAAGAUAAUAAGAGCGGAACUCGAACAGCUGACAGAGGCUUACAACGAAGUGUGUCAGCAGUUGGAUCAGAAAACUGCGCAUAUGGAAGACAUUUCGGCGAUCUUGAAGAGUAAAUGCGACUCGUUGUCCGAGUACAGAACUAAACUUGAGGCUAUCCUGCCGGAAUACGAGAUGCUGAAAGAUCAUGUCGGCGACCAGAAAGUAAUCAUAGAGCGAUGCAGGCAGGAAAUCAAGGAAUUGAAGACGGAGAAGGAGGAGCAACUCGAAACGAUCAAGGACAAACUUAAGGAGGAGGAAAUCAAAAACGCCGGGCUGAGCAAACAGCUGAACAACAGGAACGUCGCUAUGAUAGAGGAACUGAACGAGUUGAGAGAGAAGUACGAGGAAUUCCAGCAGAAGAACGCUAGAUUGGAGCGGAAGGUCAGAUGCAGCACCAGCAAGAUCAGAGCUGAGGCAGCGAUAGAGGAGUUGAAGGAGAAGAACAAAAGGCUGGAGAGUAAUUUGGAGGGCGCGAGCAAUCGCGUGAUGGAGCUCCAGGAAAUCAGGAACCAGACUCUAACGCAACUGAUCGAUACUAAGGCCAUGUACGAUUUGCUGUUGCAGGAGAACACCGAGAUCAAAAAGACCUUAUCCUCGUACGAGAUCAAGUACGAUGUUUUAAAUAUGUCGUCGCAUGAGAGCAAGCUCGACGAGGUUCUGCUCGAGAAAAAUACCAUCGCUCUCGAGCUAGAGUACAAGAAGCUGCAGCUGACUCAACAGGAAAAAAAGAUUAACGAGUACGCUAGCCAGGUGCAACAGCUUCAGGAAAAGAACAAGGAACUGAACGAGGCGCUGGAGGACUACGCGGUGAUCAUCAAGGAGCGAAGCGUCGAGAUCUCUGAGUUCGAGAGCAAGCUACAUUCCCGUUUCACCGAGAAUACCCGCAUCGGAGAGCUGGAGGAGAAGGUGGAUAGCCUAAACGAAGAGAACGAGAAGCUUCAUGACCAGGUUGAAACUCUAAGGAUGAGGCUGCAGAUGUAUAGAGAGAAGACGUCAAGCGAUGAUGACGUGAAGACGCGACAGAACAAGAACGUGAUUCGGAUAUUGAAGAGGGAGAACCUUGACCUGCAAAACAAGCUGAUCAGCUCGAAGAGGUGUACAGAGACAAAACUAAACAGCAGCGACGCGAACAUUUCAAUACGGGACACAUCGAUAAUGGACCAGUCCAGGGACUCUAGCAAGAAGGAGCCUAGCAACUUGGAAGGCGCAUGGAACCGGGUCACCGAACUUCAGGGUGAGAAGUACGAGAUCAUGAAGGCGUUGGCGGACUCGAGACGGCAGUGCGACAACCUAUCGAAGGAGAACUUCGAGGUAAUGAAGGCACUGCAACUGUAUAAGAGUAAACUGGACGAAUCACACUUGGAGGUGAGAGUGAAGCUAGAAAAACUAGACGACUCGCUUCACGAUGAGAACAAGAUCACAUACGAACUAGAAGGUCGAACAUCUGAACUAAACCAGAAGGAGAAGAAUCUGAAGGAGUACGCCAACAAGAUACGAGAUUUGGCGUCGAAAAAUAAAGAUCUGGACAUCGAGCUUGGAAAGUGUGCGUCGACCAUCCACGAGCGAGACAUCGAGAUCUCGAAGCUGAAGGAGACCCUGAAGAUCAUGAAGGAAGAGAACAAUAAGUUGAAGAGCGAGAUCGGAGAGCUUCAAAAGCGGUCUAGAAGUAACAAGAGCAUCAACAACGGUAUUGGAGAAUUUGAUUAUCAAUUGUGGAAUGAUACCAUCACGAGUGACGAGCACGUGAAGAAGCAAUUGCGACAUAACGUCACCGAAGAGAACGAUAAAUCACAGGUACUUGAAAAGAAGAUUCAGGAUCUGGAGCUGCAACUGAUGUCGAAGAAUGAGAAGCUGGCUGCGUUGGAAAUUCAGAUUCAAUCUGAAAAUUUCCCAUAUCGGAGGAAGUGUAAGGAACUGGAGGAACAGUUGUUCGCCUUCCGUAAUAAGAACGCAGAGUUGAGUUUAGGAAUUCAGAAGCUUCAGAAAACCAUAAACGAUGUGAACCCAUGGGAAUGCGAUGUCUGUAGACGUUGGCGCGAAAACAGAAAAGAUCAGGGUUGUUAGACGAUAACAGUGAAGACAAUGCGUUUCAGCAGUACUAACAGUGGUGUUGUUGAGAGAUCGCGUGAAAGUCAAGAAAAUCAAGAAAGAGAAGACAAUAAUGAAAGAGUUGUGCUGUUUUCGGAACUGACAUAUCAAAGAACUAGAAAUGGAGAUAGAUAGGUUGUAAGAAUUGAUACAGACGUCGGAGACCAUUGUUUUACAACCGCUUGAAGCUUCGUUACAGAAAAAGAUAUUUUAGUCAUUCAGUUUACUUAAUUUAAUUAAACUAUUUUAAAGUUUAGAUGACGCGAGCAAUCUAGUUUCAUGCGACAGUAUUUUAAUAGAACAUAAAAUGUUGAUCAGCCGAGUACAAUUAACGCGCACUUUAAUAAAACCAAACUAUGCGAAUAUAAGAAACAAUAAAAUAAGAAUUUUAUUAUAUGAUACUUUCCAUCGCAUACGCGCAUAAAUGUCAAAAACUUGCAAAUGAACUCUUGUUUAAUUUCUGCUUACAUUGAUCGAUGAAAGUUUAAGUUUAAUUUUAUCAAUAUUUGCAAUUUAGUAGUAACGCGCGGGCUAACAUAAUUUAUUUUAAAGAAUAUAAAUAAAUGUACUAAAUAAUGUUCAAUCUGUGAUUCAAGACAAUGAUUUUAUUCGAGAAUUCUUAUAUACAAUGCAGUAAUUAAUAAAUAACAAAUAAAAUUGGUA